AUGGCAGAGGGAAAAGGAAGGGUUUGUGUAACAGGAGGUACUGGUUUUCUUGGUUCAUGGAUCAUCAAGAGUCUUCUUGAAAAUGGAUACUCUGUUAAUACCACUAUUAGACCUGAUCCAGAACGUAAGAGGGAUAUUAGCUUCCUCACGAACCUUCCUGGCGCAUCAGAAAGGCUCCAUUUCUUCAACGCCGAUCUAAGCAAUCCUGAAAGUUUCUCCGCAGCAGUGGAAGGCUGUGUUGGGAUAUUCCACACGGCAUCACCGAUAGAUUUUGCUGUGAGUGAACCAGAAGAAAUAGUGACAAAAAGAACCGUGGACGGAGCAUUAGGAAUUUUAAAAGCAUGCGUAAACUCAAAGACAGUGAAGAGAUUCAUAUACACUUCAAGUGGCUCUGCUGUUUCAUUCAACGGCAAAGACAAAGAAGUGUUGGAUGAGACUGAUUGGAGUGACGUUGAUUUGCUUAGAAGUGUUAAACCAUUUGCUUGGUCUUAUGCAGUUUCAAAGACUCUAGCAGAAAAAGCAGUUCUUGAAUUCGGCAAACAAAAUGGGAUCGAUGUUGUUACUUUGAUUCUUCCUUUCAUCGUUGGUCGUUUCAUUUGUCCUAAGCUUCCUGAUUCUAUUGAAAAAGCUCUUGUUUUGGUCUUAGGUAAAAAGGAACAAAUUGGCGUGACACGUUUUCACAUGGUACAUGUGGAAGAUGUAGCUAGAGCACAUAUAUAUCUACUUGAGAAUUCUGUUCCUGGAGGGAGAUACAAUUGUUCACCAUUCAUUGUAACUAUAGAAGAAAUGUCUCAACUUUUUUCAGCCAAAUAUCCAGAAUUUCAAAUUCUAUCAGUAGAUGAGUUGAAGGAAAUUAAAGGCGCAAGGUUACCGGAUUUGAACUCAAAGAAACUCGUCGACGCUGGAUUCGAGUUUAAGUACAGUGUUGAUGAUAUGUUUGAAGAUGCGAUUCAAUGUUGCAAGGAAAAAGGAUAUCUCUAA